AUAUUAUUUAUAUAAACAAACGUUAACAUUCACGCGCUCUGAACACAUUGUCUGAUGCAAUUUGAAAUGGUGUUCUCCCUGUGGUUGGGUCCUCUGCUCCUAGCCUCAGCUUUUGUAUGGGCACUGGCAUCUCCUCCACCAUACCAAAGAUGCGAUUUUUCUGAGGGAAAAUGGGUCAUUGAUGAAACCUCUUCCCACCCUCUCUAUGAUGCUUCAAGGGACUGUCCUUUCAUUGGCCAAGGAUUUGAUUGCUUAAGAAAUGGCAGACCAGAUAAGGAGUACCUCAAUUAUAGAUGGAAGCCCUCUGGUUGUGACCUUCCAAGGUUUGAUGGUAAGAAGUUCUUGGAGAGAAACACAGGAAAGAAGAUGAUGUUUGUGGGGGACUCCAUAAGUAACAACAUGUGGCAGUCACUCACUUGUCUGCUUCACAUUGCAGUCCCAAACUCAACUUACAUUUCAACGAGUCAGACACAGCAACUUCUCGUGUUUUCGUUUCCGGAGUACAAAGCUUCAAUCAUGUGGUUGAAAAAUGGGUUCUUAGUAGAUUUGGCUAUUGAUAAAGAAAAAGGCAGGAUUUUGAAGUUGGACACCAUUAGCUCUGGGGAUCAGUGGAAAGGAGUUGAUGUUUUGAUUUUCAAUUCUUACCAUUGGUGGACUCACACAGGACACUCUCAAGCGUGGGAUUACUUUCAAAUAGGGACUGAGCUGAUCAAGGACAUGGAUCACAUGGAAGCUUUCAAGAUUGGACUCACUACUUGGGCUAAAUGGGUUGAUUCUAACAUUGACCCUUCAAAGACUAGAGUUUUGUUUCAGGGAAUUGCUGCUUCCCAUGUUGACAAAAAGGGGUGCCUAAGGCAAACUAAACCAGAGGAAGGAGCAAUGGCAGCAUAUCCUGGUGUGGAUAUUGUGAAGAAAGUUAUCAGUAACAUGGCAAAUCCUGUAGAAUUGCUAGACAUCACUGUGCUUACACAACUGAGGAGAGAUGGUCAUCCCUCUAUCUACACAGGGCGUGGAACUUCUUUUGAUGACUGUAGUCACUGGUGUUUGGCUGGUGUUCCUGAUGCUUGGAAUGAAAUUUUGUAUGCUGUUCUACUUGGAAAUUAGUACCUUCAUUCAUCUUAUUCUUGAUUAUUUAUUGCCAUGGAAGACUCCUUGGUUCUUUAUUGCCCUUGAGGAAGUGUAGAUGUUAUCAGUAUUGUAACUUGGGCUAAUCUGAAAGUUGAAAUAAUCAUGUGUUACUAGGUGAUUUCUGUUGGAUAUUAGUAACAAAAUAAUAUGAUAAAUUUUAAGUUUGAGAUGACA